AUGACACAUCAUGCAAUUAUGAUAAGUCUAUGCCAAACAUGUCAUACAUUAUACGGCAACCAUUCAAACGUCAUUGAUUUGGAUCCUGGUAAGUUUGACACCUUGGUUAUUAACUGUGCGGAAAAAUGGAUUGUGGAAUUUUACGCCCCCUGGUGCUCAUAUUGUAUCCAAUUUGUACCCGAGUAUCAAAAGGCUGCCAAAGACCUUAAAGGGGUCGCCAAAGUGGGUGCAGUCGAUGGAGACCUUUAUUGGGAACUGGGCUCGCGGUAUGACAUCCAAGGCUUCCCUACAAUAUUAAUUUUUGGCACUAAUAAGACUGAUCCCCGUAAAUAUACCGGUCCCUAUACGGCACCGGGACUUAUAGCUGCUGUUAGGAGUACAAGCUCAUUAUGCAACCCAAUUGACAACGCUGAUAUCGAGAAAAUAGCUGCCCAAGUCCAAGAUACCUUGAUACCAGUAGGGUUUGUAUACACACAAUUGUCCAGUCAAAAGGACCCUCACGAAUUAUGGCCCACAAUGACCUGGGACGAUAUCACCAAAGAAUAUGGUGGCUUAUUUUUCCGGGCUGAGGGCGGUGGGAGUGCCCCGUUUGGCGAGCGUCAAGAAGCUAACGCCCCGGUGCUGGACGAGAUUCAAACCGGUACUGUCAAGGAGAAAAUAGCCACCGACAUCCACACUAAGCCAGGUGAUUGGAGCGACCUUAUGUACGUGGCCACGAGUGGUGGGGGAGAUCAGAAAACAUUACGUUUCAAAAUGUUCCCGGGUGAGGUGAGACCUAAAAACGAGGCUGUCGUUAUCUGGAAACGGGUAGCCUGAUCAGUUUAUCCCGAUAAAUGAGUGUAAACUUAUUAAAUGUAUUGCGGAUUAAUUUGUUUAAUGUUUUCAUUGAAAUAAACUCUAAUUUUUGGCAUUAA